AUGGAAGUUCCAGAUUCAAAUGACCCCUUAGGUCAUGCAGAUGGACUUGAGAGACCAAUUCCAACACCUAAAGGUUACUUCCUGACCUUCUUGGAACCAGUAAACAAUAUCACUGUAGUCCAGGGGCAAACAGCAAUCCUCCACUGCAAGGUAGCAGGAAAUCCACCUCCGAAUGUCAGAUGGCUAAAAAACGAUGCUCCAGUGGUUCAGGAGCCAAGACGGAUCAUCAUCAGAAAAACAGAUUAUGGUUCACGUCUGAGAAUCCAGGAUCUGGAUACCACAGACACGGGAUACUACCAGUGCGUGGCUUCAAAUGGGAUGAAGACAAUAACUGCAACAGGAGUGUUGUUUGUAAGGCUUGGUCCAACAAACAGCCCAAAUCACAAUCUUCAAGAAGAUUACCAUGAAGAUGGGUUCUGUCAGCCCUACAGGGGAAUUGCGUGUGCACGAAUCAUUGGAAACAGGACCAUUUAUGUGGACUCCCUCCAGAUGCAAGGGGAAAUUGAAAACCGAAUUACUGCUGCAUUUACCAUGAUUGGCACUUCCACACAUUUGUCUGAUCAGUGCUCACAGUUUGCUAUACCAUCGUUCUGCCACUUUGUGUUUCCCCUGUGUGAUGAGCGCUCUCGGACCCCUAAGCCGCGGGAGCUGUGCCGGGAUGAAUGUGAAGUUCUGGAGAACGAUCUCUGUAGGCAAGAGUACAACAUUGCUAGGUCAAACCCCCUCAUCUUGAUGCAGCUUCAGUUGCCUAAGUGUGAGGAUCUCCCACGACCUGACACCUUGGAAGCUGCCAACUGCAUAAGGAUUGGGAUCCCUGUGGAGAGACUCAGCCGAUAUCAUCAGUGCUAUAAUGGUUCUGGAGCAGACUACAGAGGGACGGUCAGUGUUACCAAGUCUGGCCACACUUGCCAACUAUGGGACUCCCAAAGUCCGCACAACCAUGAUCUGACAAGCACACAGUUUCCAGAGCUAGGUGGAGGACAUGCAUAUUGCCGAAAUCCUGGAGGUCAGAUGGAUGGGCCCUGGUGUUUUACAAAGAAUAAAAACGUACGCAUGGAACUGUGUGACAUACCUUCUUGUAGUCCACGUGACAGCAGUAAAAUGGGAAUCCUCUACAUCCUGGUUCCCAGCAUAGCCAUCCCUCUGGUUAUUGCCUGCCUUUUCUUCCUGGUCUGUAUGUGCAGAAACAAGCAGAAGGCAUCUGCUGCUACACCACAGCGCCGCCAGCUAAUGGCAUCUCCUAGCCAGGACAUGGAAAUGCCACUCAUUAAUCAACACAAACAGGCUAAACUUAAAGAAAUCAAUCUGUCCACUGUGCGGUUUAUGGAGGAACUAGGAGAAGAGAGAUUUGGCAAAGUCUACAAGGGGCAUCUUUUUGGUACAGCACCAGGUGAACAGACGCAAGCUGUUGCUAUCAAGACACUUAAAGACAAAGCAGAACUGGCUCUUCGGGAAGAAUUCAAACAUGAGGCAAUGAUGAGAUCACGAUUACAGCAUCCAAACAUUGUUUGUUUGCUGGGAAUAGUGACGAAGGAACAACCCAUAAGCAUGAUAUUUAGUUAUUGUUCCCACAGCGACCUCCAUGAGUUCUUGGUGAUGAGAUCUCCCCAUUCAGAUGUUGGCAGCACUGACGAUGACAAGACAGUAAAAUCCACUCUGGAACCAGCAGACUUUUUCCACAUUGUGACUCAGAUAGCUGCAGGAAUGGAAUACCUUUCAAGCCACCAUGUUGUCCACAAGGACUUGGCCACUAGAAAUAUACUGGUGUUUGAUAAACUGAAUGUGAAAAUAUCUGAUUUAGGCCUUUUCAGGGAAGUUUACGCUGCUGAUUACUACAAGCUGAUGGGAAAUUCCCUUCUUCCUAUCCGGUGGAUGUCCCCUGAGGCUAUUAUGUAUGGCAAGUUUUCUAUUGAUUCAGAUAUAUGGUCAUAUGGAGUUGUGUUGUGGGAAGUUUUCAGCUAUGGCCUGCAGCCUUACUGUGGUUAUUCUAACCAGGAUGUCAUCGAGAUGAUCAGGAACCGACAGGUUUUGCCAUGUCCUGACGACUGCCCCACAUGGAUAUACACUUUGAUGUUGGAGUGUUGGAAUGAAUUUCCCAACAGAAGACCAAGAUUUAAAGAUAUACACAACAGACUAAGAACAUGGGGAAACCUUUCUAAUUACAACAGCUCGGCGCAAACCUCUGGGGCAAGCAACACCACACAAACAAGUUCUCUCAGCACAAGCCCUGUUAGCAACGUCAGCAAUGCUAGGUACAUUGGACCAAAGCAGAAAACUCCAGCUUUCCCUCAACCGCAGUUCAUACAAAUGAAAGGGCAGAUGAGACCGAUGGUCCCACCUCCUCAGCUCUACAUUCCAGUCAAUGGUUACCAGCCAAUGCCGGCCUAUGGCGCUUACUUGCCAAAUUUUUAUCCCGUCCAAAUUCCAAUGCAAAUGGCUCCUCAGCAAAUGCCUCCCCAGAUCAUUCCCAAACCAGGCUCUCACCACAGUGGGAGCGGAUCCACCAGCACAGGCUACGUAACAACAGCACCUUCCAAUGCGUCGGUGGCUGACAGGGCUGCUCUGCUCUCGGAGGGCACAGAUGACACACACAAUGGAACAGAAGACAUCGCCCAGAAUCCCGUCCAGGAGGAGGAGGAAGAGGAGGGCUCUGUGCCUGAAACAGAAUUGCUGGGUGAUAAUGACACACUUCAGAUGGACGAAGCAGAAAUUCAAUCAGAAGCCUAAGGAAUUUGGCCUCUUACUAAAAAAAUCACAUCACUUCCAUGCAUGGAGACUGUAGAUCCUUAGGCUUAAUAGCAGUGAUUUUGAUCUGACUAAAAGAAAGAAAACUAAAAAACCUACAUCUAUGUAAAGUGCAGCAGUAAUCAUAUACGGGGUUUAUUGACCAUUGCCACCAUCAGAUUUUGCAAAUAUGAUGGUAUAGAAUUGCUGGGUUUAAUCUUUUUUACUGUCCUACAGUUCUUGAGGGAAGCUGCUUUUCAGUUAUGUACUGUUGCUGUGCAACGUAUUGCAGAGUAGCAUUGCACUUCAUGUAUAUCAUGAUAUGUGAGUGUAAUGUUAGUGAAUUAUGCUUAAACCAAUAACACAAAAAGGAAUCCAACUAUGGUUGCAGAAUUGCUCUGAGCGUAAAGAAGUGCCCUGGAUGUGAUGGACAGCUUAGUUUAUAGUAUUUAUCUCUUUGAUAUAAUGGACACGAGAUUGUUGUUUGCUUUUUG